AUGGAAUGCGGAAACAUGGGCGUGUUUGACCGCGGAGUUCAGAUGUUACUGACCACGGUGGGCGCGUUUGCAGCCUUCAGCCUUAUGACCAUCGCGGUGGGCACGGACUACUGGUUGUACUCGCGCGGCGUGUGUAAAAUCAAGACCAACAACGAGAACGAGACGAGUAAGAAAAACGAGGAAGUUAUGACCCAUUCAGGACUAUGGAGGACAUGUUGCUUGGAAGGAAAUUUUAAAGGAUUGUGUAAACAGAUCGAUCAUUUUCCAGAAGAUGCAGAUUACGAGGCAGAUGCCUCAGAGUACUUCUUACGUGCUGUACGAGCAUCAAGUAUUUUCCCUAUACUCAGUGUCAUUCUGCUCUUCACUGGAGGUCUGUGUAUAGCCGCCAGCGAAUUCUAUAAGUCACGCCACAACAUCAUCCUCAGUGCCGGUAUCCUCUUUGUUUCUGCAGGUCUCAGUAACAUCAUCGGCAUGAUUGUGUACAUAUCAGCGAAUGCAGGGGACCCCUCCAAAAGUGACUCCAAGAAGAACAGUUACUCGUAUGGCUGGAGCUUUUACUUUGGUGCUCUGUCCUUUAUUAUGUCGGAGAUGGUUGGAGUGCUGGCUGUGCACAUGUUCAUUGAUCGGCACAGGGAGCUGCGACUUGGGCCUCGAACAGCUGAUUAUCUGCAGGGUUCAGCCAUUACUCGCAUUCCCAGCUAUCGAUACCGCUACCGCCGGCGCUCCCGCUCCUCCUCCCGCUCCACAGACCCCUCCCACUCCGGCGAGACCUCACCGGUGGGCCUGAAAGGCUUUGGGGCGCUGCCCUCGACGGAGAUCUCCAUGUACACGCUGACCCGUGGAGGGGACCCACUCAAAACAAGCCAUGGUACGCCCACUGCAACCUACAACUCAGAGAGAGACCACAACUUCCUGCAGGUCCACAACUGUGUUCAGAAGGAGCUGAAAGACUCUUCCCAUAGCAGCACAGCCAAUCGCCGCACCACUCCAGUAUGA